AUGUCCCCCCCAACGGAGCGUUUCAGGACGCUUUCACUCGGAAGCAUGCCGCCCGUAACUCGCCUUCAGAGCCGGAAACUAAGAGUCGAGGUGGAAGACUCGAGCUCUGAGUCGGAUACCGAACGGGAUUUCGAUAUCGACGAUGAUGGCUUCAUGGUUUCUCCGUCGAAUCUCAGGUACUCGCUAGACCUUCUCGACGAAGAGACGCGGGAUAACGUCAAUAAAGCUAUAGAGGUGCCCCCGCAGUUCACAUUACGUGGCUGCCAGGCUGGGGACGAGCGCUGCCUCUUCCUGAUAACGGAGCCUGUCGAGUAUACUGUUCGGACUGGCUCGGAACAGAGUGGUUACGGCAUUCCAAGCUGUACCUGCCAGAAUGGCGAGCGCGGCGAAUCCCCCUGUCGACACAUCCUCUGGCUGCUCGACCAGAUUACUAACCAGGUCCUGGGCGUCCAGAGGAGCCCCUUUUCAUUAACAAAGUACGGGUAUCCGACCGAGCUUGGAAACCCUUACGACGAAAUAUCGGAUUUCCACCUGGAUAUGCUAGCCGACAGCCUGCACUGCGACGUCGUCGGCCAGUCCCCCGAUCCCAACCCCAGACGGGUCCGGGAGACGCGGGAGAUACUCGCCUCGCUCAACGAGGUGCCCACCGACGAGUACCGACCGGAUCUCUUCAACAACCCGCGCAAAGGCCGGCGAGUCGUCAAGAGAGGCGAUCUCGAGCAGACUAUCUUCCGCAUGCUGCUCCGCAACGACGACUUCUUCCAGUACUUCCUCUCUUCCAUGCGCGCCGACGAGCUGCACUCGAACCAGUUCCGCUCUCUGCAGCUCCGCGCCGACGCCGCGCUCGCUGGCCUCCAGCAGUACGCGGAUACUACUACUACUACCCCUACCACCCCCGCGCUGCAGAACGCCGCGCGUCCCAAGGACGUCAAGUGGUGCGCCGCACACCUAGCCCGCGUGACGCGACAGAUCCGCAGCGCAAUCCACAACACGGAGCGCCCGCUCUCGCGGUGGGAGCUGCGCGCCGCGGCGCGCGCGGCGGUGCACGUCCUAACCCGAGUCGUGGGCUGGGACCGGGACGUGGGGCCGCCUCACACGCCUCGGGCGGAGCGCGACCUGUUCUUCCGGCUGGUCGGGGGCGAGGACCGGAACUUCGUCGUGGAUAUCCUGGCUUCGAUACCGCCGGAGGUGCUGGGGCCUUGGGUCGACGAGUUGGCGGGUUUGCGGGGGAGGAUUGUGGAACGGGGGGCGCCGGGGGGGUAUGUGGCGCGGUUGGGGUCGCUUGUUGGGUAUUUGAGGGGUAGGGGGACGGGGGGGAUGGAGGGGAUGGAGGGGACGGAGGGGGGUGGUGGUGGGAGUGGGAGUAGGAGUGGAGGGUCGAAGAGGAUGGGGAUGGGGCAGGGGUUGGGUGGGAGUGCGAAGAGGGUGAGGUGA